AUGAGGAUCACCAUUGGUUUUCUGAUUGGUACUUAUAUUUCCACCUCCCUGUGGCUGUCAAACGACAGCACCUCCCUGUGGCUGUCAAACAACAGCACCACCCUGUGGCUGUCAAACAACAGCACCACCCUGUGGCUGUCAAACGACAGCACCACCCUGUGGCUGUUCUUCGACUCCACAGCCCUAACCUCCGCAUCUACACCAUGCACUGAAAAGUCCACUACAAGAAAGUCCACCACAAAGAACCCAUCCACUCCAAAGCCCACCACUCCUAGAACCACGCAAUCGACUCCCUGCACUGAAACAACGAAGUCUACCACAAGGCACCCCACUACCCAGAGCCCAACCAAAUCAACACCUUGCACCGAAAAAACCACCACAAGGAAGUCCACCACCAAGAAUACCACCACACAAAGACCCACCAAAUCAACACCUUGUACCGAAAAAACCACCACAAGGCACCCCACUACCCAAAGCCCAACCAAAUCAACACCUUGCACCGAAAAAACCACCACAACGAAGUCCACCACUAAGAAUCCCACAACGCAAGGACCAACCAAAUCAACACCUUGUACCGAAAAAACCACCACAAGGAGGUCCACCACCAAGAAUCCCACCACACAAAGACCGACCAAAUCAACACCUUGCACCGAAAAAACCACUACAAGGAAGUCCACCACCAAGAAUCCCACCACACAAAGACCCACCAAAUCAACACCUUGUACCGAAAAAACCACCACAAGGCACCCCACUACCCAGAGCCCAACCAAAUCAACACCUUGCACCGAAAAAACCACCACAAGGAAGUCCACCACCAAGAAUCCCACCACACAAAGACCAACCAAAUCAACACCUUGUACCGAAAAAACCACCACAAGGAAGUCCACCACCAAGAAUCCCACCACUUUAAGACCCACCAAAUCAACACCUUGUACCGAAAAAACCACCACAAGGAAGUCCACCACCAAGAAUCCCACCACACAAAGACCAACCAAAUCAACACCUUGUACCGAAAAAGCCACCACCAGGAAGUCCACCACCGAGAAUCCCACCACAUUAAGACCAACCAAAUCAACACCUUGUACCGAAAAAACCACCACAAGGCACCCCACUACCCAAAGACCAACCAAAUCAACACCUUGCACUGAAAAAACCACUACAAGGAGGUCCACCACCAAGAAUCCCACCACACAAAGACCAACCAAAUCAACACCUUGUACCGAAAAAACCACCACAAGGAAGUCCACCACCAAGAAUCCCACCACACUAAGACCCACCAAAUCAACACCUUCCCAACCAAAUCAACACCUUGCACCGAAAAAACCACCACAAGGGAAGUCCACCACCAAAAAUCCCACCACACAAAGACCAACCAAAUCAACACCUUGUACCGAAAAAACCACCACAAGGAAGUCCACCACCAAGAAUCCCACCACAUUAAGACCCACCAAAUCAACACCUUGUACCGAAAAAACCACCACAAGGCACCCCACUACCCAAAGACCAACCAAAUCAACACCUUGCACUGAAAAAACCACUACAAGGAGGUCCACCACCAAGAAUCCCACCACACAAAGACCAACCAAAUCAACACCUUGUACCGAAAAAACCACCACAAGGCACCCCACUACCCAAAGCCCAACCAAAUCAACACCUUGCACCGAAAAAACCACCACCAGGAAGUCCACCACCAAGAAUCCCACCACACAAAGACCAACCAAAUCAACACCUUGUACCGAAAAAACCACCACAAGGAAGUCCACCACCAAGAAUCCCACCACAUUAAGACCCACAAAAUCAACACCUUGUACCGAAAAAACCACCACAAGGCACCCCACUACCCAAAGACCAACCAAAUCAACACCUUGCACUGAAAAAACCACUACAAGGAGGUCCACCACCAAGAAUCCCACCACACAAAGACCCACCAGAUCAACACCUUGCACUGAAAAAACCACUACAAGGAGGUCCACCACCAAGAAUCCCACCACACAAAGACCAACCAAAUCAACACCUUGUACCGAAAAAACCACCACAAGGAAGUCCACCACCAAGAAUCCCACGACACUAAGACCCACCAAAUCAACACCUUGUACCGAAAAAACCACCACAAGGCACCCCACUACCCAAAGACCAACCAAAUCAACACCUUGCACUGAAAAAACCACUACAAGGAGGUCCACCACCAAGAAUCCCACCACACAAAGACCCACCAGAUCAACACCUUGCACUGAAAAAACCACUACAAGGAGGUCCACCACCAAGAAUCCCACCACACAAAGACCCACCAGAUCAACACCUUGCACUGAAAAAACCACUACAAGGAGGUCCACCACCAAGAAUCCCACCACACAAAGACCCACCAAAUCAACACCUUGCACUGAAAAAACGACUACAAGAAGGUCCACCACCAAGAACCCCACCACUCUAAGACCCACAACGGAAAGACCAACCAAAUCAACACCUUGUACCGAAAAAACCACCACAAGGAAGUCAACCACCAAGAACCCCACCACACAAAGACCAACCAAAUCGACACCUUGUACCGAAAAAAGCACCACAAGGAACCCCACCACUCAUAGGCCCACCACUCAAGGAACUACGAAAUCGACAACCUGCACUGAAAAAUCCACCACGAAGAACCCCACCACGAAGAAUCCCACAACGAAGAGUCCCACCACUAUUAGGCCCACUACUCAAAGACCCACCACAAAGCCUGGCUGUGGUUGCAAGCCAUGUGGACCCGGUGGUGAAAUUUGCCAAGGAUGCCCAUCGCAUGACAAAUUGUGCCAGGAAUUGUUGAAUGACCUCACGAAUCUGGAGGACCAGAUCAGGAAAUGUGUUUGCGGAGAGCCCCAAUGGCUACUGGAAUAAAGGACGGAAUUGGGCAUGACAAAACUAUAGCAAAAGACAAGUUCUUAAUUCCACUUAGAAAGAAUUGAUACAAAGUAACAUUCUACUCUAUAAGAAUAGAGAACUUGGCAGAUAGACAAGGAUAAUCUACUGAUCACUUCAUAUAUAUA